GCGGAGGGAGGGAGGGAGGGAGGCGACGGAGGAAGAGCCGGAGCCGGCGCUGUGGUGCCUCUCCUCCUCUGACGCCGCCGCUCGCCGGUCAUGGUGCUCGUCAAAGAAUACCGCGUUGUUUUGCCUGUGUCUGUGGAGGAGUACCAGGUGGGGCAGCUGUACUCCGUGGCGGAAGCCAGCAAGAAUGAGACCGGUGGCGGCGAAGGGGUGGAAGUCCUGGUGAAUGAGCCCUACGAGCGCGACGGGGAGCGGGGCCAGUACACCCACAAAAUCUACCACUUGCAGAGCAAAGUCCCUCCCUUUGUGAAAAUGCUGGCCCCUGAGGGAGCCUUAAACAUCCAUGAGAAAGCGUGGAACGCGUAUCCUUUCUGCCGGACUGUUAUUACAAAUGAAUACAUGAAAGAUGACUUUUUAAUCAAAAUUGAGACCUGGCACAAAGCAGACAUUGGCAUGCAGGAGAACGUUCACAAACUGGACCCCAAUGAAUGGAAGAAUGUGGAAGCCAUCUAUAUAGACAUCGCAGACCGGAGCCAGGUGCUUUCCAAGGAUUACAAGCCAGAAGAAGACCCAGCAAAGUUUAAAUCGGUCAAAACAGGGCGUGGCCCUCUGGGGCCCAACUGGAAGAAGGAACUGGGCAUGCAGUCGGACUGCCCGUACAUGUGCGCCUACAAGCUCGUAACGGUCAAGUUCAAGUGGUGGGGGCUGCAAAACAAAGUGGAAAACUUUAUACAGAAGCAAGAGAGGAGGCUUUUUACGAAUUUCCACCGGCAGCUGUUUUGUUGGCUUGAUAAAUGGGUUGACCUGACAAUGGAGGACAUUCGCAGGAUGGAGGAUGAGACAAAGAGGCAGCUGGAUGAGAUGAGAGAGAAGGAUCCAUUGAAAGGAACGUCAGCUGCAGAUGACUAGUGUGGAUUCCUCCCGUUGCACGUUUGCAAAACAGCCAGCAGGAAGGCCCAGGAACUCCACCCUCUUGACCAACGGACCAUCUCUGGAUCAAGUCCUCCUGUAUCCAGUCAGCAGGCGACUUCCAAUCUCCCCUAGCUAACUCUAGUUGCCCUUAAUAUCGUGAGCAAAGAGACAGUCCUUCGGUCCUGAGCACUCUGGCCUUGGCCCCUGGGCAGGAGGUGGCUCCUUUCGGACGGCUGCAUCCGUGACUUUGCCCCCUUCCCCAGACAGUGUUCAGCGCGAUCCCCAUGUGGCUCUCUUUCAUUUCCAAGUGACCGUUUUAGCUGAAAUAGUCUUGUGACAUGGUGAUUUAGAUUUCAUGUGUGUGUGUCUGUGUGUGUAUGUAUGUAUAUAUAUAUAUAUAUAUAUAUACGUAUAUAUAUAUAUAUAUAUAUGUAUGUAUGUAUACCCCAUCCCCUUUCAACCACUGGGAUAAAAUGCUGCUUUUGUUCCUUCACCUUUCUUUGUCAAUCUGUGGAGAGGGGAACUCAGUGUUAGAGGGCAAUGAAUGCUGUUUGGGAGGGUGUCAGGCCAACUUUUUUGCUCCCUGAACAAUAACCUAGUGACGGGCAGGGCUCCUGGUGCCCAGGAGUGGGCAGGUCUUGUUGCUCACGCUGGCCUCGAUAUGCACCAGGAGUCUGUGCGCCUUGCCCCACAUUCUGCCUGCUGUGAGGUCCUUUCAGUGUAGUUCUCUAGAUCAGUAUUGCUGCUUUGGAAUUGAGAGAGAGAGCAGGCCUGUUAAGAAAACCGUUGUGGGAAUCCACUGUCUUGUCCUUCACUACAAUUAAUAAAUGGUAUGGCCUUUUAUCUGAUCACAAAAAAAACAGCACAGGCAGAAUUCAGUUCUUUAGUUGAAUCAUGCUGAGGUGCUGCUGGUGUUGUGUGUUUGUCCUGGGCAGUAAGACCUGCAGUGACUUUGUAGAGGGGUUUGCCUGUCUCCCUUUGUUGUCAGGAGUGGCAGGGCAUGACCAAAAGCUGACUGAGCUCUUUGCUGCUGGAGAAAUUGCCUAUCUGUUGAGGUGAGGUGAAUCUAAAGCCCACUUGCCUGUGGGCUGGUAUCUGCUUUAGACAAUCAAAUGAGCAGGAUAGAGUUGAACAAACACUGCUGGCUUCACUCAGGUGCUGGUACGAGUAGAGCUAGGGCCAUGUCUUGGUACAGCAGCUUCUGCAACCUGAUCUCCUCCCUGUCUCCCUGCAAAGCAAGCUCUGUGUCUGAAGCUGUGGCUUUCGCUAGAUAUAUAGGGAAGGAAGGAAGGAGGGAGAUAAGCAGGGUGAAGAUUUGCAGCUUUGCUUUGGGAGGAGGCAGUUUAUCCUUCUUACUCCGUUUUGUCCAUUUUUUGCCUUAUUGAUGUCCAAGUGCAAUAAGCAAACUUGAUCUAUGCUGGUGGCACUCUCUUGGCAGAUGCCCUCUUGUGGUGACAUGAGAGGGUUUCUUUGCUUUUUGGGUUGGUGGGUUUUAACAAUCUUGUCAGACAAGAAAUGAAAUGCAUUGGAUCCUUGUUUGUCUCAGAGAGAGAGAGAGGACCUCAGCAGUCGAGGCAAAGUCCUUUGGGACCAGAAAUAUGUUGGGUACUCUCGCAUGCCUCCCCUCCAGGGCAAGGAGGCCCCUGGCUAAUCUUCCUGUACUGUAAAACACUGAGAUUUGGGAAUUAAAACACCGAACCUUUUUUUUUUUUAAUGAAAUGUAAGAGGAUUCUUGUGCUUCAAUUGUUAAUUGUUUUCAUGGCUGUUCUUAU